ACCAUCGAAUGCACUAUCAUUUCACGAAUUUUUAUUACAAUUUUUCAUAUCAUUUCAACUAUUAAAUUUAUUAAACCUCUAUCACACUGUUCAUUGAAUAAUCAUCAAUCUUCUAAUAUGUAUUUAUAUUUGUGUGUAUCGCUGCAACAAAUUGUGAAGACUAACUAAACUAAUCGAUCAGCUUAUAAUCGUACAAAGAACUUUGCGCAAGCGUUAUGCAACUUGAUGAACGUACUCCUUUUAUUGGAAAUAUUCGAUUCAGACAUUUCCACAAGUUCGAUAGACACGAUGACGAGCAAGUCUGUAAUAUCGGAAGAAAGUUUUGAUAGUCUAUGCGAUUAUAGCUUGCAAUUAAAUCGAUGGUUGUUGAAACCAAUUGGCGCAUGGCCUUCCUCAUCCUCAAGUUCAAAACUCGAAAGAAUCGUCUCGUUUUUUUUAAUCGUACUCUGUUACGGCUUUAUAUUGUUCACCGUGAUCCCAUCUUUGUUUCACAUCGUUCUCGAAGACGAAAAUCUACAUAUGAAAUUGAAAGUGUUCGGCCCACUGAGUCAUUGGUUCAUAGGUGGAAUUAAUUAUACCACGUUGUUACUACAAAAUAAGGAAAUACAGUAUUGUGUGGAACACAUGCAAACAGAUUGGAAGAUCGUGAACAGAGCGAAGGAUCAACAAGUUAUGAUGAAAUAUGCAAAAAUAGGGCGGUACAUCGCUGCUUUGUGCGCCAUUUUCAUGCAAACUGGUGUUCUCACCUAUUGCGUGGUAACUGCGUUCUCCACGCGGAUUAUAGAAAUCGGUAACGAGACAAGGAUCGUUCAUAUGUUGCCGUGUCCGGUGUACAAAGAAUUAAUCUCGAUUGAUACGAGUCCAACAAAUGAAAUUGUCCUCAUUUCCCAAUUUGUGUCUGGAUUUAUAGUAAACUCGAUCGCGGUUGGCGCCAUCAGCAUUGGCGCUGUAUUCACAGCUCACGCUUGUGGCCAACUGACAAUAAUUAAAAGAUGGAUUCGUGAAUACAUAAAUCGAUCGAAGGAUAAUAAUAAGAACGUUGUAAUUAAUGAGAUAGGCGAGAUCGUCGAAUAUCAUCUCAGGAUUUUGAAUUUUAUAGAAGGUAUCGAGGAUGUGUUGAAUCGAUUUUGCUUUAUGGAAUUAUUCAAAAGUACGUUAGAUAUAUCUAUGCUUGGAUAUUAUAUUCUUACGGAAUGGGCCGAUCAUGAUAUUCGUAAUUUGACUACGUACUUCAUGAUAUUAACGUCUAUGAGUUUCAAUAUUUUUAUAAUAUGUUAUAUUGGUGAUAUACUAAUGGAACAGUGUAGAAAAGUUGGUGAAGUACUUUAUAUGACAAACUGGUAUUAUUUACCUUAUAAAGACAUUCUUGAUUUGAUUCUGAUUAUCUCAAGAUCCAAUGCCGUUAUUAAAAUCACAGCUGGCAAACUAACUAAUAUGUCGAUAUACACAUUUGGCAAUGUAAUGAAAACAACUUUUACAUACUUCAAUCUAUUACGACAUGUGACGUGACUAAACAUACUUUAUUGAUCCCAUGUCUAUUGCACGUGAUGUUGGAAGAUGAAAGUUUCCGUGACAAAUUGAAAGUGCUCGGUCCGUUGAGCCAUUGGUUCAUAGGUGCUAUUAAUUACACCACGUUGUUGCUACGGAGCAAAGAGAUACG